UACUCUUCAACAUUCCUGAGAACAGCAUGGAUUUAUUCUUUGAAUGGCCUAUUUUCGCGCUUGUUGAAGAAUCUAUGAUUAACUCCACUUCCUUGGCAUUCUGUUGACAGGACAAUUUCUUCAGAGCUCUGAAGUUAUCACAAAAAGCAUCAAAUACUUCAAGAAUAUUGCUUUCAUUUUAGAGCUGGCGAGCGAUGCAAUGCCUCAAAUUCUCAACAACAUGCACCUGCCAGAUGUAUCAGUCAGUUUAGCUACAAUUUCAAAAAUCCACAUCAACAGAGUCGAAAGACCAGCAAUUCAAGCAAAGUUCGUCCGCGAUAAAGGUAAGUGGAAUGCUAAAAUGAUGAACAUACUCAAUGUUGAUACACUGUACUGUUACAUAACAUUUAUAUUAAAUGUUAUAAAACUUCAGAUGAUUGGUAUUCUUCUAACCGACAAGGUACCAAACACAUUUUUCUCACAUAUUUUUGCUAACAGAAUGGGUAUUGUGCACCACAGGCAACCUCGGGUUGAAAUUAGUGGGAAAGACGGAGUUCGUGUCGAAUUGGCCGGAAACGUUCUGAUACAAUUUAAUGGCCGUGACGACCUUUACAAUUUAAUUCACGCUAACACAAAACUUCAUGUCACCCUGAAACCGACGAUCAGACGCUCACAACUUUACGGUGAUGUCUCGCUUACACACGUCGACGUUAGGGUUUUUGACCUUGGAGUCGGCGGGAUGUUAUCGAAGCCGAUCGAGAAACUCGUCUCAUUCGUUGUACCACGAGUAUUAUGGCCACAAGUGAAGAAGCGCAUACGAUUCGCUUUCAAUAAAAGAGGUAUACAACUGCCCGUCGUGUGCGGUGUCACGCUGGAUCAUCUCUCAUUGUCCUAUAUCGACCACGCCGCUGUCGUCAACACUGAUUUCACUUUCGAUUUACCUCUAUUUGUUCAUAAAUUUAAAUUGUAUCUCAUUAAAAAAGCUGAGAUGUUUAACGGCUUACCUACUUAUGUUGAAAUUUAA